GCCCCUCAGUGCCGCUUCAGGGCUGCUGCCAUUCCUCGCCAUCCUCCCGCAGAGACUGCCAGGAGGCGACCGUUCGGACGAUUUGGAAGUGCAAUAAUUGACGAUCGUCAUUGUCACCAGCAGAUACCUUCGCGCGCGCACUGACACACACACACAUAUAUAUUUACAAAGAUACUUGGGAGUCCUUUGCCAGAAGCAGGUCUUUCUGCUGCCCCUCUUCCCGCCGCCCCCCCUUUUCCCCUUCCCCUCCCCGUUUCUUCUCAACCUCCUCCACCUCCCCCGAAAGGACAAGAGACGGAAACUUCUACAGGGUGGUUACUAUGCAAUUGCGACUGGUUUCUUGGUUCUUUAUCACUUUGAACUUGAUGGAAUACAUUGGCAGCCAGCAGCAGCCUUCCAGAGUCCGGCGACAAGGAAGAAUGCAUCGCAAUAUGAGCCAAAUUUGCCCAGGAGGAUGUGCAACAUGUUCUGAAUACAAUGGGUGCAUGUCAUGUAAACCUCGACUCUUUUUCCAUCUGGAGAGAAGAGACAUGAAACAGAUAGGGGUGUGUGUUUCAUCCUGUCCCCCUGGACACGUUGGACAACGAUCCCGAGAAAGAAAUGAAUGCAUAAAAUGUAAAGCUGACUGUGAAGCCUGCUUCAACAAGAAUUUCUGCAUGAAGUGUAAAAAUGGGUUUUAUUUGCACCAUGGAAAGUGCCUUGAAAACUGUCCUGAUUGGCUGGAACCCAACAAUCAUACUAUGGAGUGCAAUGAGAUUGUGCAUUGUAAAGUUGGUGAAUGGAGCCCGUGGAGUACUUGCAUGAAGAAAGGAAAAACAUGUGGUUUCAAAAGGGGAAAUGAAACAAGGGUCAAAGAAAUACUACAGCUUCCUUCUUCAAAGGGCAAACCAUGUCCAGAUACAAAUGAGACAAGAGAAUGUGUUGUACAAAGGAAGAAAUGCCUGAGAGAACCAGGAGAUUCUGGGAGGAGAGGGAAGGAAAGAAGAAGAAAGCCAAAGAGGGAAGAAAACAAGGAAACCAGUCAGGAAAACAGAGGCCAGGAAUCCAGAAGGCAAAACAGAGAACAGGAAAACAAAAGUAAAAUACGAUCAAAGAAAAGAAGAACAGAGGAUAAACAGCAAAAACUAGCAUCCAUUAGCACUACACCCUAAUUGCCUUACACCACUGUUUAAGAUUUUUGCUGCUGCUAUCUCCACCAGGUCCCCGGAACUGGUGCUCCACAAUACAGGCCACAAAUGGACAAUAUUACCAGUUAUACUUAAAUCUUAAACAACAUUCCAAAUAAUUGCUAUUAUAUUCUUCAUGCAGUCAUGGUUUAUUCAAGAGACUGACAUGAGCCAAGAAAAUAAACUUUGACUGGGAUACUUCCAAUCUGCUCUAUUAUAUGCUUCCAAGCAUCUCCAAGAGGCAAUUAAAAAGUUUUGUACAUAAUUAUCAAUAUGGUAAUAAAGCAUAGCAAUAUACUGAAUGGCAUUUGGAAAAAAAAACCCACCUUUUUCUCUUGUAAAAUAUUUUUUCCGAUCUAUUGUUUAUGAUGCAAGAGAUAUGCACAUAAUUUUAUAAGCAUUAUGUACAAAUAGGAAAGAGUGGCUGAAAUCCUAUUGCAAGAGAAGGCCCACUGAGCCAGUGGGGAUUUGGUGCGUCAACUCCUUCAUAGGUUCCAUUAGUUCAAAGGUUUCUACUCCAUGUGUGACUUGUAGCAAGUCAUAACUGGAAUAGAAAUAUUUGAAUCAAAGGAGCUGACUCAAUAAAUCCCCACUGAUUAAACAGGCCUACUAUAGACCAACCAAUGCUAAGCAACAGGAUUUCAGGCAACGGAAAUCUGUUUUUUCAUACCCCACAGUCUGUCAGAACUAAGCUACCUGUAUUUACCUGUAUUUAAUCCCAAAUUCAUGUGAGAAAUACCUGAGUGAGUAUCUCCAUGGCUCUGAAAGCAAAGGGAGAAAAAGAAGUGGAAGCAACGGUAGACAUGUUGGAGGCUCUUCCAAGGAAUAAAGGCGCUUAGCUAUGCAGCGCUCUUACCUGCAAGACAGCACAGUUCUUCUGGGCUACCUUAUGAUUAUACAGCAUGUGCUGUUCAAUGCUUUUUGUAAUUUUGUGUAACUUAAAUCUUUUCGAAUCUUCCAGACUGGCAAACUGUACUUGUAGAAAAAAAAAAAGAGAAAACACUGAGUGAAUAAAGAACAGAGCAAACUGACCGCAGAAACAGAAAUUCAUUUGCACUGAUUCCCUACUACCACACUUUUAAUGAAAAACUGUCACACGACCUGCUUUGUAAAUAAAGGGAUGUUGUUCUUUAGAAAGUUUCCUAAUAAACUAAGACCAGUUUCCAGAAUAUUGGAUGGUAUUCAACUACUCUUGCCUACAGAAUGAUUUCCAUCUGUGGAAUGGGAAAAGUGACAAUUUCCCCUCUUAACUACACCACAGCCACCAGGAAACCUUCAAGAGCAGAUUUCAUAAAGUUUAGGGAUUGCUGGGAGAAUAAAAGAGGGGAAGGCUGCAUAGGGAAAUCCACUAUGUAAUGUUGAAUUUUAUGUGUAUGUGUAGCUGAAGUGUGGAUGGUUAAACUUUGGAAUGAGUUCUAUAGCUCUGCUUUCAGCAAGGUCUUUAUCCAUAGCAAGUAAUGGGUAAAGCUCCCUGCAUUGUGGAGACGAAUGUAAUGACCUGCUAAUUAAUGCAAAACAAGAUGCUUUUAAGGCAUAGCUAGGUGGGGCAACUCAAAGAAAUGGCAACUAUAGCUCAAACUAUAAAAGUUCAGUCCUACAGCCUGGUGAAACUUAUCACAGAAUAUUUGUACUGUUGAAUUUACACAGUUCACAGAAACAACUGGCACAGUGGUAUAAAUUCCAUUUGUCUCACUUCUUGUAAAUCCACUAGGUGUAGCUCACUAACUGAGCUACAGGUGGGAAAAAUAUCCCCAGUGUAAAGUCACCAAGAAUGAGAAAAAUUGGUUUCAUGAAAAGCUGAACCACUCUAACUGCACUUUGUGAGAGGCAGUCUUUAUUUUGCUUAUCAUUUACAACUAAAUCUAAAUUUUUCCUGAGGAUUGAGACAUAUACUACCUUUUCAUGAAGGUGAUGUGGUAACAGCAGAAGUUGGCUGUGACUUCAAGUGAGUUUUACAGUACUGUUUAAAUAUCAGCAACAAUGGAUUUUGUAGUCAACUUCAGAUCUCUAUGUAAAUUGUUUUUUACUUCUAGCCAACAGACACAUUUGACUUUAAAAGAUCUUGCUUCAGUGGCUACUGCUAGAAAGCAUAAUAGCCAUAAGCACAUUAUUUUCUUUCCUGUUUAGCACUUACUCUGCUAUAGAGA